UACUUUUUCUUCUAAAAGAACAUAUUCUGUGCACAGUUUUUCUGCAUUGACUUAUUUAGUGAUGUUAAUUCGGAUAAAAUCAUGUCAAUGUUCUUGGUUUUAACUCUCUGAUCUAUAUUUCUGAGCAUUAGGCUUCUUGUUUGGAUAAUUUGUUUUUGUUUUUGUUGUAGAAUUGGUUUCUUUUAGCUAUUUCUUGAUCUGGGUUUGCUUUAUUUUCAUAGUUAUUCGGUCAAUGUGCUGGGAAUAGAAAUUUUACAAGGUGUGUGGAUUUGGGUUUCUAGAUACUUGAAAAGACUAUAGCUUUCGGUCUCCAGCUCCAUAGCUGGUUAUGCUUUAGCAGGAAGGGAAGCAGGAUUAGAUGGAAGAGGAUGGUGAAAUAAGGCACUGGGAUGAAUUGAUUCCAGAUGCACUUGGGUUGAUUUUCAAGAAUCUUUCACUCCAGGAGAUACUUACAGUUAUCCCAAGGGUCUGCAAAUCAUGGCGGAGAGCAGUUACAGGACCUUAUUGCUGGCAGGACAUUGACAUCGAGCAAUGGAGCCAACACUGUCUGCCUGAGACCCUGGAUCGCAUGCUUCAAAUGCUGAUAAAUAGAAGCUCAGGUUCACUCCGCAAGCUCUGUGUUACCGGUCUCCCUAAUGACCGGAGCUUUUCAUUCAUUGCAGAUAAUGCCAAAUCUCUUCAGACUUUGCGGCUGCCAAGAAGUGAAAUAAGUGAUGCAGUAGUGGAACAGGUUGCUGGCAAGCUCUCGUCAGUAACUUUCUUGGAUGUUAGCUACUGCAGGAACAUUGGGGCUCCAGCCCUUGAAGCAAUUGGCAAGCACUGUAAGUCACUAAUGGGUUUGAGGAGAACAAUGCACCCGUUAGAGGUAAUUGACAAGCAGUCUCAAGAUGAUGAGGCCCUUGCCAUUGCUACCACAAUGCCAAAGCUCAAGCAACUUGAGAUGGCAUACCUGCUUAUUAGCACACAAGGUGUGCUCAAGAUACUUGAAAACUGCCCUAAGCUUGAAUUAUUAGAUGUGCGAGGAUGCUGGAAUGUGAAGCUAGACGAUAAUUUUGUGAAGAAAUUCUCACGGCUGAAGGUGGUUGGACCUCUUGUUGUGGAUUAUUUUGGGAUGAAGGGCUGGGAUGAUUGUUCAAACUAUUCAGGUUCCUCUGGUUACUUGGCCUGGGACUUUAUUGCGGGCGAUGUUGGUGUUGAUUACGAUGAGAUAUCAGAUGGGGAUUGGGAAGAUGACCAAAGUAUGGAAGAUGUGGAAAUGAGGUUCUAUGAUGGUUUUGAUUUGGAUAAUGCUGCGUUUGAUUGGCCCCUCUCCCCAUGAGGGUUUGUUGGUAGCUUUUCAUAAUUGGGUUGAUAAGCCUCGUCAACCAUCUCCACCACUGUCAGGCCUGCUGUGGUGGUUACUUCUUUGCAGCCACUUUGCUAUGUACAAACAUUUGUGUUUCUAAAGUAGUAUAUAGGACGAGUUUUUCUGUGAGUGUCUGUAAUAAAAGCUUGUAAUUUUGUAACAAAAUGUUUCCCCUAGUAAUUGAUAGACAUCUCAUAGCGUUUCCAUGCUCUUGUACAGUCCCUGCAAAUAAUUAUAAAAUUCGAAGUGGGAUUGUAAAGAUAGUC